UCAAACUUGGAUGAACGGGAAUCAAAUGAAUAGUUACAAUUGUCUUAAUGUUUUGUUCCUCAUCCAUUUGGUGCCAUGGAACGCAGCCGCUCAGAACAUCAGCACCACAAGGCCUAGCACUAGUUCCCUUGGCCUUGUCAUCACUCCGCUUCCAUGGCCGCAUGGAACCGAGGAUGUUACCACGAUUGCCUCAGGAACCAUGGGUAAUUCCACCCAAGCUCAAGAAAAUUUAACAACAACAACUGCCCCUUCCACAUCCAAUCAUUCAAGCUCUUGGACAACACCCCCUGUAGGCUGCUACCGAGACUCUUACGUAAAGCCACGACCUCUUCCGGAACUUAUUGCAAACUUCCGAGGCACUAUCGAUCGCAAAGAUGUUAACAAGACCGUGAUGGCAUGUGCUGAGAAAGCCCGAGAGAGAGGCUUCAAAGUCUUUGGAAUCCAGUUCUACACGGAAUGUUGGAGUGGUCCCGGGGGCGAGAAAACCUUCGGACGGGACGGUUCAUCAGUGGACUGUGAAGAUGGAGUCGGCAAAUCUGGAGCCAACUUUGUUUACAGAUUUGGGGAUUAUGAAUUGUCUUCUCGUCCAAUCCGUGUACAGCCGCGCCGCCUGUGUUUCCCCGCCAUUUCUCAAGUGACGAUGGAGUCUGGUGCGAGCAUCCCGAUGAGUCAUUUGAAAGUCGGGGACAAAGUGCAGACGCUGGGAACUAAUGGAGAGAGCAAGUUCAGCGAGGUUAUUACUUUUCUGCAUAAGGAAAUCGAUGCUGAGGCACAAUUUUACAACCUCAAAACCAAGACAGGAAACAGCAUUAAGUUGUCCGCACAUCAUCUGAUUUUCAGAAAGGAAACAAAUACGUCAUUUAUAUCCGCUGUUUUCGCCUCAGAAAUUAAAAUGGGAGAUUUACUUAUACUGAAUGGAAGCGGCCCAAUUUUCGACACAGUUACACAAAUUACACAUAUGACAAUGAAAGGUGUGUAUGCCCCCUUAACAAGGCAAGGCACUUUAUUUGUUGAUGGCGUAUUGGUAUCGUGUUAUGCACACUGGCCUUCUCAUGAUGCUGCACAUUUAGUUAUGGCACCGAUCAGAACAGCUGACCUGCUGAACAGAGCCUGGAAAAAACUGACCAGCUUAAUCGUUUGGUUACCUGAGUGGCCGGGGAAAGAUUCCUUAAAAGGAGUUCAUUGGUACCCUUCCAUUCUUAUGUCACUGACGAACACCCUGAUAAUAUAAAAUCGCGUGAAGCUCUGCAGGUGUUCUAUUAUAGUGGAUUUUCCAAGCCUCCUGGCGAGAUGG